AUGGCACCACACGCGGAAAUCGGCGUCGGCACCAUGAACGGGUAUGGCGCUAAUCAUACUUCGGACCCAACUCAUUCGCCCAAGGAUCUUUUCACGGUCAAUUCCCCCAAUGUUACAUACACUGACGACCACAUUAAGAGCAAGUACGUCUACCGCACCACCGCGGUGACCAAGUCAGCGGAUGGAAAAUACACUGCAACCCCCAAGGAAACCAUCUAUGACUUCAAAGUCGACCGCAAAGUGCCCAAGGUCGGUGUGAUGUUGGUGGGAUGGGGCGGCAACAACGGCUCCACUGUCACUGCUGGCAUCAUCGCUAAUCGUCGAGGACUUGUUUGGGAUACCCGUGAAGGAAGUCGUGCUGCGAACUACUAUGGCUCUGUCAUUAUGAGCUCAACCAUCAAACUGGGGGCUGACGCCCAAACCAACGAAGAGGUCAACAUUCCUUUCCAUGACGUCUUGCCCAUGGUUCACCCAAAUGACAUUGUGAUUGGCGGCUGGGACAUCAGCAGCAUGAACAUUGCGGCCGCAAUGGACCGUGCUCAGGUUCUUGAACCGACCCUCAAGGCCAUGGUCUACAAGGAAAUGGCCCUUAUGAAGCCCUUGCCAAGUAUCUACUACCCCGAUUUCAUUGCUGCGAAUCAGGAAGAUCGUGCGGAUAACAUUCUGCCGGGCAGCAAAGCAAGCAUGGCUCAUGUUGAUCAGAUCAGGGCGGACAUCAGGGAUUUCAAGGCUCAAAACAACCUUGACAAGGUCAUUGUUCUCUGGACUGCCAACACGGAACGUUACGCCGACAUCAUCCUGGGUGUCAAUGACACUGCCGAGAACUUGCUGAAAGCCAUUGAGCAGGGACACGAGGAAGUAUCGCCUUCGACUGUCUUCUCUGUUGCUUGCAUCCUUGAAAAGGCCCCUUUCAUCAACGGCUCCCCACAGAAUACCUUUGUUCCCGGAGCGGUUCAACUCGCUGAGAAACACGAGUCGUACAUUGGAGGUGACGACUUCAAGUCCGGUCAGACCAAGAUGAAGUCUGCAUUGGUCGAUUUUCUGAUCAAUGCUGGGAUCAAGUUGACUUCCAUUGCAAGCUACAACCAUCUUGGCAACAACGACGGCAAGAACUUGAGCUCUCAGAAACAGUUCCGGUCCAAGGAGAUUUCCAAGUCGAAUGUCGUCGACGACAUGGUGGCUGCCAACACUGUCCUGUACAAGAAGGACGAGCACCCGGAUCACACUGUUGUCAUCAAAUACAUGCCCGCCGUUGGGGACAACAAGCGUGCCUUGGAUGAGUACUAUGCUGAAAUCUUCAUGGGUGGCCAUCAAACGAUCAGCAUUUUCAAUGUCUGCGAGGAUUCCUUGUUGGCCUCGCCCUUGAUCAUCGAUCUUGUCCUCGUGACUGAGAUGAUGACUCGCAUCCAGUGGAAGACUCAAGCCGCUACGGAAUACAAGGGCUUCCACAGUGUUCUCAGCGUUCUUAGCUACAUGUUGAAGGCACCACUCACGCCUCCUGGAACACCUGUCGUCAACGCCUUGGCCAAGCAGCGCAGUGCUCUGACCAACAUCUUCCGUGCCUGUGUCGGUCUUCAGCCCGAAUCCGACAUGACGCUCGAACACAAGCUGUUCUGA